UUAUUUGAUUUUAUAGCUUUUCUUUAUAUAAUAUAUGCUAUGAGGAGUGUUUGAUGAUAAAGGUUGUUAUAAAUUACACAUAUGAUCCUGUUUGUAAAGAUUACUCGUUGGUCAUGGAGACCAGUUCAAUACUUUUUAAAUAAACGUAAUGCACACGAAAGCAAAAGUGCAACACUUUACAUACAUUGGCCGUAUUGCAAGCAGUUGUGUCCAUAUUGCAACUUUAAUAAAUAUGUCAGAGAUAAUAUUGAUAAUGAACUUAUGAUAAAGUGCUUGCUAAUAGAGUUUCAAAGCAUGUGUCGUAUGUAUGAUGUGAAAAAGAUAAAAUCUGUAUACUUUGGUGGAGGAACACCAAGUUUAGCUCCACCAAAGUUGAUAAACAGACUUCUAGAGGAAGUAUGCAAAUACACUAAUGUUAACUGUGAGAUAUCAAUGGAAGUGAAUCCCACAUCUACAGAAAAGAAAAAGUUGAGUGACUUUAAAUCAGCUGGCAUAAGUCGUGUGUCGAUUGGAGUUCAGGCUCUCAAUGAUAGGGAUUUAAAGAUUUUGGGUAGAGAACACAAUGUGCAAGAAGCAUUGAACUGUUUUGGACAUGCGUAUGAUAUUUUCAAUGCCAAUGUUUCAAUUGAUUUAAUGUUUGGGAGAACAAAUCAAACUCUUGAUGAUUGGAUAUUUGAGCUAACGCAGAUAUUAGCAUUAAAAAGUAAACAUUUGUCACUUUAUCAAUUGACAAUGAAACAAGGUACACCAAUGGAAAAGCAGUAUAAAAAGGGACAAUUGAAACUGCCUACUUGUGACACCUUAGCUGAUAUGUAUGAAAUAGCUGUAAAGAUGUUAGAAGAAAAAUCAAUAAAAAGAUAUGAAGUUUCUAAUUUUGCUGAACAAGGAUUUGAAUGCUGUCAUAAUUUAUCUUAUUGGCAAGGUGAAGAUUAUAUUGGGAUUGGACCAGGUGCUCAUGGAAGACUUCAUACACCUAAUCGAUCAUCCAGACAUGCUCUAAUUCAAAUUGCAGUCCCAGAAGAUUGGAUAAAACAGGUUCAAAAAGAUAAACAUGGUACAAGAUUGUGUAAAACACUAUCUAAUGCUCAACGUCGUGAAGAAGCUAUAUUGCUUGCACUUCGUUCAUCAAAAGGACUUGAUAAAAAGUUUUUCAUGGAUGUUGUAGGAUGGCCAGUGGAAGAAUUGCAAAAAGAUCAAUUCUUGAAUAAUUUUUUGGAGGCAGGAUUUCUUCAUAUUGAUAACAGAUUUAUGGAUAUGUUUAUCAGAGUCAUUAAUUUGUUACAGAUAUAUUUUCAUUCCAGAUUCUCAAUCAAUUUUAAUUGAAAUGUGUGUUUUGUUAUAAUAUUUAAAUAAAAUAUUAUUACACAUUUUAAUAUUUAUACACAUUGGUGUUAAAGAAAUUGGUUAAUGUUGUCCAGUCAAUGACAUAGUCAAUGCUGAUUGUGAUGCUCUUGUGCUGAAUCAUCAAAUGUUUCUGUUAUUUUCAAUUUUGAUAGAUCAAUGUUAGAUUUAUUAUUAAUUAAUAAAAAUUAAGCCUGCUUUUUCGAACGCACUGACUGCGUGUGUAAAGCAUUUGUCACUUUUAUAUAAAACUUUUAAUAAACUGUGAAAAUUAGCUUUAUCAAUA